AUGGUCAACUCCUGCUGUGGCUCUGUCUCCUCUGGCUGUUGCCAGCCCAGCUGCUGUCAGUCUAGCUGUUGCCAGCCCAUCUGUUGCCAGUCCAGCUGCUGCCAGCCCAGCUGCUGCCAACCCAUCUCCUGCCAAACCACUGUGGUGCGCCCAGUGAGCUGUGUGCCCAGGUACAGCCGCCCCAUCUGUGACACCUGCUGCAGCCCUCGCACCUGUGACCCCUGCUGUGUGCAGCAGGGCUGCUGCUGCCCCAUCUCCUGCUGCCCCACCUCCUGCACAGCUGUGGUCUGCAGACCCUGCUGCUGGGCCUCCACCUGCUGCCAGCCCAUCUCUGUGCAGUCUCCUUGCUGCAGACCCCCCUGCUGCCAGCCAGCCCCCUGCCGCACCACCUGCCGAUCCACCUGCUGUCCUACCUGCUGCCCUACCUGCUGCUCCACCUGCUGAGCAACCCUGCUAAGAACUAACAGCUAAAAACCAGGACUACU